UUCAGUCAUUCGUGACAUUUCCUACAUGAAGUGUGUGAGAUAAUUUUCUAUUAAUUUAAUUAAGAUUUGUAUUGAUAAUGCAACCGAAUGGUAAUUUUUGAGUUUGUUUAGUUUCCAAUUAUUCUACGAUGUUUUCGGAUCGAAAAUUAACUUGUAGAAAUGUGCAUUUGAUUAAGCAAAUUGACGAAAAAGUGGAGUUGGUGAGCCAUCGAUUGUAAAAGCGAGACCAUAGCUCCCAGUAUAGGAAAAUGUUAAAAGCAGAAAGCUUUUCGAUUUAUUUUUGCAAAUAAUUGAGUGAAAACUUUAUGAUAAAAGUUUUAAAAACGCAUAAACAAAAAAGUUUGCUGGCCGUACACAUUGCUUUCUCCCCGCGUACAACUUAAAGCAAACAAGUACCUUUCGUGUCUAAAAUUUCGGUAGCCCUUCGGAAUUCUUUGGAAGUUUUCUGGCUGUAAUUGAUAAAUAAUCAUAAAGUUAAAAGCAGCGAAAGUGAAAGUUAUAUAGCACCCCGAAAACGGGUAUAAAAUAACUUGGAAUAAGUUCAAAAGAGUUUAAGACUGCGUAAUCGUAACAUCAAGAGCUUCGAGCCAUUGACGCUACACACCUUUUGGAAUGGUUGGUCAGCAGCUUGUUGGUGGAACUAUUACCGCUUAGAUGAUAUAAAAAUAUUACAGCCUUUUAAUUCGCAUAGUGUUAACCACGGCGAUUUGAACGUCGAUUGCUGUUUUUGAGAGGUUGUCGCAAUUUAACCCAAUUUACGUCGUUUGAUUGCGCGAGAAGUGAACGGAAACGCGAACGAUCGCGCCACCGUCAACAGUUGGUCUACGCCAGUACCACUGUAGCUACGGGCCAACGGGCAUGAAACUUGUCAUUGUUAUGUUACCAUCGUUAAAACUUUGGAAUUGUUAGAGUGUUUUUGGUGGGAAACGAUAUUCGCUCAACGAUUUUGUAUCUGGAUAUGGUUUUGGAAUUCGCGUAAAUACUUGUUUUAGCAACUUGAAUUUUGCAUAUGUAUUGGUUUUCAAAUAUAUCUACUAAAGUUGACGUGCAAAAUACUAAAAAGUGACCGCAAUAUUAAAGAAAUUUGCUUCGCAAAGGAAACUCAAAAGCGGCAACAAAAUGGGGCUUUUAAUUUCAAAAUUAUGGAGCAUGUUCGGCAAUGAAG